AUGUAUGUAAAAAUAGAAACGGAACGUUUAACAUUCAUUAGGUUGAACCAAGCCAAACUGCGUUCUGAGCAGUACAUCCAUUUACGUGAUGCAGUUAGUACUGAAGGAAAUGCAGCUAAUAUUGGUCGAUUAACUAUUCUGCCGGCGACAUACAUUGGUAGUCCACGUCAUAUGCAUGAAUAUGCACAAGAUGCAAUGACAUAUGUUCGUCAUUAUGGUCGGCCCGAUCUCUUUAUUACUUUUACCUGUAAUCCAAAAUGGAUAGAAAUUACUCAAUUGCUACUUCCCGGACAAACAUCAAGUAAUAGACACGACAUCACAGCACUUAUAUUCAGGCAAAAAAUUCGGUCCCUGAUGAACUUUAUUGUUAAACAACGCGUCUUUGGAGAUACUCGAUGCUGGAUGUUUUCAAUCGAAUGGCAAAAGCGAGGCCUGCCGCACGCACACAUUCUUAUUUGGUUAGUGGAAAGAAUUCAGCCUGACCAAAUAGAUGAUAUCAUAUGUGCCGAGAUUCCUGAUUAUGAAGUCGAUCCAGACCUACAUGAUGUUGUUACUACUAAUAUAAUUCAUGGACUGUGUGGUGCUAUCAAUCCCCAAUCACCUUGCAUGAUCGAUGGAAAAUGUUCUAAACGAUAUCCACGGAAAUUAACGGCGGAGAUUGUCACUGGCAAUGAUGGUUAUCCGCUGUAUCGGCGUCGAUCACCAGAUGACAACGGUCGAACUGUCACAACGAAAGUGAAAAGAAUGGAUUUCGUUGUCGACAACAGUUGGAUUGUUCCAUAUUCGCCACUUAUUUCUAAAUCGUUCAAGACACAUUGCAACGUUGAAUACUGCAAUUCAGUUAAGUCCAUAAAAUAUAUUUGCAAAUAUGUCACGAAAGGCAGUGAUAUGUCGGUUUUUGGAUUACAAUCCUCGAAUAUCAACGAUGAAAUUUCACACUAUCAAGUUGGUCGUUAUGUGAACUGUAAUGAAGCGAUUUGGCGUAUAUUCGCAUUUCCCAUUCACGAACGUCAUCCUACUGUUACGCAUUUGGCGGUGCAUCUGGAGAAUGAUCAACGAGUAUAUGUCACGGCUUCGAAUGCUACGCAACGUGCUGAAACACCUCCAGCAACUACAUUGACCAGUUUUUUUGCAAUCUGCCAAAGCGAUCAGUUUGCACGAACUUUGCUUUACUCGGAGAUGCCACGUUAUUAUACUUGGAAUGCUUCAUCGAAGAAUUUUCAAAGACGGAAGCAAGGCGAUGCGGUUCCUGGGUAUCCAGAUGUGCGUUCUACUGAUGCUCUUGGUCGUAUGUAUACAGUUCAUCCAAAGAAUAAUGAAUGUUUCUAUUUGCGCUUGUUGCUGAUAAAUGUGCGUGGGCCAACUUCAUUUGAGUCACUACGAACUGUUAAUGAUGUAAUAUUCCCAACCUAUCGUGCUGCAUGUGAAGAAUUGAAGUUAUUAGAAAACGAUAGUCAUUGGGAUACGACAAUCGCUGAAGCCAUUAUCUCUGCAUCUCCAAGUCAGAUACGCACAUUAUUCGCUAUCAUAAUUUCGACAUGUUUUCCAUCAAACCCAUGUAAUCUGUGGCACAAAUACAAGGAUAAUAUAUCAGAAGAUAUUUUACAUCAAAUUCGUGUCAGUUCCAGAAAUCACGAUAUUGAGAUGAAUGAGGAGAUACAUAAACAUGCUUUACUCUUGAUCAAAGAUAUGUGUUACCUCAUGUGCGGUAAUUUAUUAAUCAGGUUAGGAAUGCCAGCACCAUAUCGUGAAAUGAAUGACGCAUUUAAUCGAGAAUUGGAACGGGAACGUGAAUAUGAUCACCAGGAAUUAGAUUUAGUAGUAGUACCAACAAAAGGAAGUUUAUGA